UGCCACACAUCGUGAUUUGUAAACAGCGGGCUCUAUCAUCCUUCCCUUCUGUGUAUUCCCUGCUAACUACGGUAAUAAGCUCCAAGUUGUAUUUAUAAUCCUACGUUGGUACUGCUGUUGUGUAAUCUGUGCCGCAUGAUAACACGCGAACAAAAUUACCGGAAGGUUGUGUUUGAAAAAGGCGCUAAUAGACUGACUUAUUUCAAGGACUUGUAUUAUUCCAGAUAUUGGUACAGAUCUAAUUUUUACAUUGUACACACGUUGCAAUGUAAUGUAAAAUAUUUGACACUUUUCCGCAUUUUAAAAUAUUCUCGAAGGUAUCUGAUUAUGAUGGCAGACUGCACUCCCAAAAUCAGUGGUGCAGGAUUAGGAAUUCUCAUUGAAGAAACACCAGCAUACACACCAGUCCCACAAGCAUCAUCUACAGUAGCCCACAGGAAUUAUGAUAGUGUACCUACAGUCUUACGUGAGGAUUUGGAAGCAGUGUAUGAAGACAACUGCAUGAAAAAUGCCAUAGAUAUUUUAGGAUUAUGUUCAAGCAAGAUGAGAUAUGGAAAGUCUCAGUUUUCUGAGCAGAAUGAAAAUUAUGUUCUGGCCAAGAGCAGUGAAUUUGUGUCUGCAAUUGGAAUAUGUACAGGAGUGGGCACAGAAAUUAGAGAUGGUGAUGCUGAUUCCUCUCUUGGUAUUCUGAAAGAAGAUGAUAUGCCAGGUUUAUCUGAGGAUGAAUUGGACAGUGGAGGAAAACUUUUAGCAUCUGACAAUUGUGUUAGCAAGAAAAUUGUUGAUGCUGAAUUGUCAGACUUGGCUCUAGAUAUGAGACAUCGAUUGCAAAAGGAACUAUCACAGAGGGCAAUUAAUAAAAUUUCAUUUUUAUCAUGUCAGUCAGAAGCUGGUAAUUCGAAUGAACGUCAUAGUUCAAAUAUUGGAGACAAGUUAUUUCCAAGUUCCAAAAGUUUGGAAGUGACUACAGAGUGCACUAGUUCUUUGGAACCUUCAGACAUUCAUAAUGCACAUGGACAUUCUGAAGAAAUAAAUGAACACCAAAUAUGUGAUAAAACAGAUAAUGUAGGUGAUUCUCUUGUUUUUUCUGAAACAUGUGGAGAAAUGUUUCAGAAUCCAUUUGAUCAUUUAAAACUGGACUGUAAAUUAGUUGAGAAAAUGGCAGCAAUGAUAGAUUUAUCUGCUGAAGAUUUCAUACCUGGUGACAAAUGUGAAGAGAAACUUGCAGCUGAUGAAUGUGCAUGGAAAAAGGAAAAUAUCCCACCAGCUGCUGGUACUGCAUCUGCAGCCAUUUCAAAUUUAGACUUCUCUGGUAUUGUGGGGAACGCUGAAAUAUCGCUUCGUUCAGUGGAUAUUUCUCACUGUGGUCUUCAGAAGAAAAGGGUCUCUGUUGGUGAAUUUUUUCGUCUUAAAUCAGAACUGCUUGGUGAACUGGGAAAAAAGUCUAAUACUUAUUUUGGAAUGCAAACUAAGAGUCCAGAGAAAGGUCAUGAACUUUCACCAUUGGUAGAGGUUGAAUUGGAUGAAGAUGCUGCUCAGGAACAAUCUAUCAGUGAUCAAGACUGUACAAAACAGAUAGCGAGAACAUGCAAAACACCUUCCUUUUCUGAAGGAAGAAUUUCUUCAUCAUAUUUAUCGGAAUAUAGUAUUGGCCCACGAGAGUCUCUAAGUCUCUCUUGCAUUGCUGAUAUUCUGGCAAAGGUUGAUACAUGCGCAUCACCACGUACAGUUGUUUCAAAUAUUCUGAAGCAAAGUGGUCUGUGCAAUCCAAAAGGAACCUGUCCAGUAGAUAAGCCAAUUACUUCAUACAAUAGCAGCUCUGUUACUGAUCCUCUCUGUGCUAAAGAUGGAUUAUUGAAGGACACUUCUGAAUUUUUUGAUGCUAACAUUGAUUCCCAGAAGGAAGAUAUGUCUAGUUUGUCUCAUUCCAAAAAUGGUACAGCAGCUGGUAUGAUCAAAGAAUUUGACUUUGGUAGAAAAGAUAUUCUUAAUGAACAGAAAGCAUUGUCAGAUACUGUGAUACACCUCUUGGACUAUAGUGACAGGCAGGGGAGGUUAUCUGGCCCAAAUCUGAUGAGUUCAUCUUGUGAUGAAGAUGACUCAACACUAAAUGAAACAGGUAGUGAUGGUUGGGUAUUUUCAGUGCCAAAUACCAGUGUAGGGGUAGACUUUAAAACAUGUCGGAAGAGUGAUGUUGCUCAAAUUUUGAAUGAGGAAGAUAAAAAUAAUGAUAAGACUAUCACACUUGAGGAUAGUGUUUCCAUUGGAGAUGUUCUUAAACUUACAACUUUGUUGGAAAAUUCGCUCUUGGAUGAAUCUGUCAUGUGUGUAACUCAGGAACUUGCCAGUAUGCCAAGAGAGUCUGUUGACUGUUCUGCUUUGGUGCCAGCAUUGAAAAAUAAAUACCCUGAACUUUUGCCACAACUGUCUGAGCUCGACAUGAAAAACAGUGAAAGUGUUGAUAAACGUGAGUGGUAUUUAGCAGUUCAUUCUGUUGAAUCUGACCUCAGUACAUCCAACACCCUUACUGAAAGCAAGACACUUGUACAGUCCAUGAUGUCAUCUCAAAUGGCCAUUUCAGAAGUGUUUGAAAACAAGUGGGUUACCUUAAGAACACACAGCCCAACUCCUGUUGUGUGCGUUGGGGUUCCAUAUGACAUGUUCUUAUCAGUACACAAUGUGACAGAUCAUUGGAUACUAUGUGGCUUAGAGUUAGAUGGCAUAAAACUAAUAGGACAGGAACAUGGCAAAAAUGUUCAAUUUGCUCUUGUCCACCUUCCAUCUAAGAAAGUUCUUAUGGAUCCCAAUAACUGUAAAGAAGCCAAGAUAAAAGUGGUGCCUCUAUGUGAAGGGAAAUUAAAAAUUUCACUUAAAGUUCACUUGAAUGAUGUGGUGACGAAGGCAAGCCAGUCAAUUACCUGUGAUGUCGUUAUAAUAGGAGAAGAGCCACAGAUUAUAAUAACAAAGAAUGAUAGUUCUGACAUGAUUCUGGACUUUGGUGUACUUCCAGAAGAAUGUGCAAAAAAGAUGAGUUUGAAAUUCUGCAACUCUGGUUCUGCCACCAUUCCACUUAAACUCAUUAUUUUUCACAAGGUCCAAGACUCGCUUUCCACUUUUGUUCUCUUGGACCCCAAGAAACAGAAGAAUAAGAAUAUGGCUGAAAAUGAAGUUUCAAGGGAACUGUCAUUCACUUUGAAGACUGGAGAAGAUAUGAAUGUGACAGUCAUGUUUGCAGCUCCACCAAUGCAGUUUCUAACUAAACAGAGAGGAUUUGUGAAACUGUCUGGAGUACUGUCCCUAAACCUGACUGGUAUCAUACCAGUUGAAUUGGAGAGUCUCAACUUAAUUGGUGCUGUUGGUACAACGAAGUUGGGAAUGUUCCGUCCAGCCAUGCCAAUGAAGCUGGUGAUCAAAGGGCCUGGGAAGACUGACAUUUGUGGCUUACCAUUGAGGAAUCAUGGUCUUGUUCCUUUAACACUUGCCCUGCAGAUAUUACCAUCAGACACUGAUUCCAUAUCAAUGAGUGUUGUUCCUGAUAUGGUUCAGUUACAGCCUGGAGAACAGGUGGAACCCAUCGUCAGGUUUAGCUCAUCCAGAUCUAUGAAAGAGCCUGUGCACAGGAUGCUUCAGGUUUCAAUGCAACCACAUGGACCUGUGUAUUUCGUAGAAGUGACUGGAAUAAUGACCACAUCUAGCAGUGAAGUAAAUGAAAAGCCUUCUAAGUCUCAGUCUGAGGAACUCCUAACUACAGUUAAAGACUCAAGAGUGUGUAAAAGUAAACACAUUGAACAUCUUGAGAAGGCACCUUCGUUUGGGUCAUCCAAGGGCAGUUCAAGUGUGAAGUCUGUGAACAGUAAUGGCCAGUCUACAUGCAGCAGUAAAUGGCAUUCUAUAAAAUCACAGAGCAGCAACAAGAAAGGUUUCACAUCUGAAGAAAAACUGAAUGUUAAAACAACCCAUCGUCAGUUAGUAUGGGGCAGUGUAGCAAUUGGAAAAUGUGUCACCAAAUCAUUCACCAUCCGCAGUGAAGACAGUUGCAAAUUAUCUGUCUAUGUUUAUGUUGAUGACAAACUCCAUUCUUAUGAGUUAAUUGACAGUGAUGGGCUUGUGAUGGGAGAGAAAUGUAUUACCCUCCAUCCGAGGAAAAGCCAUUCUUUUCAUGUUAACUUCAAGCCUCUAGUAAUAGGAGCAGCGUAUGGAAAACUGGUUUUCAUCAUACAAGGCAUACAUCUAAUAAUUCCCAUGUAUGGCUUUGGAGGUCAUGCACGACUUAUAGCCAAGGGUGUACCCAGGGAUGGUGCAGGUCGUAUGUGGCUAAUGUUAACCCAAGUUUCCCAUAAGAUGGAAUGGGAAACUAGCUUCUCUCUACAGAAUUUUGGUGACUUGAAGGCUUUUAUAAAAAUUAAACCUAUUACAAAAGGGUUUCAGAAUGUGAACAAAACAAGACUUGUUGUGGAGCCGUCAGAGCUGGUGAUAUCUGAAGGAACAUCUACUAAGAUUCGAGUGACAUACAGACCACAGCAACAGGAUAUAAAGUUGUUAAUGAGCAGCAGUAUGAAGGAUGUUUUAGAAGUUGCAGCUUUGAGUCUCGUGUCCGGAGAUGAAGCUACCCGUCUCAGGCUGAGGAGAAUUCAUGAGAAAAAUCUGAACAUGGCUAAGAGAAGGGGAAGUGAUAAUCCAGCACAGAACAGUCAACUUGACCUUCAACCUCUCUGUGCCCUGUUUCCAGGAGAAGAGGCUCAGAGGACUUCUGAUGUAAUGUUGCUAAAGGACCCACAGGAUAGUGCACUGGAUCUGUACAGUUGUGGCAUUAAGCACCAGGAAAUUAUACUGCUUCUAGAGAAUUGUACUGAUGGCCGAAGUGUUGAUGCUACUCAGGCAUUCCAGUCCAUGUAUCAAUAUGUUGUAGAUCUUUCUACAACAAGGCAAGAGGACUUUAAUGAGUCUGGAAUGGAUGAAUGGAAUAUUUACCCAUCUACUGUAACAUUACAACCACCACAUUUAUCAAGUGUGGCUGUACUCUUGCGGACUAGUGGUGUACACAAACAUCCAUUUGAAGCAGUUGUUUUGGAGCAUCCUCCAGGUUUUACUCUGAGUGUCAACCCAAGUGCUGGAUUCAUUCCUACAUCUGAUGGUGUAGAGCUUACUGUAAUGUGCACCUGUAUUGACACAUUACGAACUAGUUACCCUAAUUUCUGGAAGGGAGCUGUAAAGGUGUACAUUGAGAAUGACUUCAUGGAAUUGAAUGUCUGCAUUCAAUAUCCUCCAACCCACAAGAAUGGAGUACCAGUCAAGAAGUUGGCAUCUAGAGAUGGUUAUAUGUGUAGUGAACCCCCAAUAAGUGUUGGACAACAUUGUGCUUAUGGUUCAUUUCAUGCAUCUUCACCAACUAUAAUGUCUACUUUAAGUAAACCCAUUACAAAAGAAAAUGUCAACCAAAGGUGUGACUGGCAGGAAGAAUCUAACUUCUAAAAGUAGUAAGAAAUUGUUUGGUGCAAGUUAGCUCAUUCACCCUACCCUCAGUUGGGGAAAAUGUGGAAGGUACAGAAGUCUUGCAUGAGUUGCAUAUCAGUGUCUGCAGGUAAUGAAGAGAUAAAUGGUCUAGAAACACAAGUACUUGAUAACUUUGACACUGUUACCAUGUAAACACCUUAUGCCAGAAGUAACAGAAGCCCCACUCAGGUUGGUGUGUCAUUCUCGUAGUUCUCAUUUUGUGCAUAGAGAGAACUUUUAAUGAAUGGAGAUUCUGUUUAUUCAGAAAAUCUGAAACCUGCUGUAGUUGCAUUUUUUUUAAAGUUUUAGGCUUUGGGUAAUAUCUGUAUUUAUAUUGCUGUUAAGGACAUUGAAAAUAGGGUGGUAUGUGAAUUUUGUAAAUAAUUUCUUGCCAACUUUUAAAUUAUAAAUAAAUAGAAUGUAGUGUUUUAUUAUAAUUGCAAUUUGUGGUUAAAUAUUUAUAUAUUUGAUGUAUCUAGGCUCUUUGACAUACUGUAUCAAGUGUCUGAGGGUGCAUGUCUUAUGCUGUAUAAAUUACAAAGUAAAUAUAAUUGAUAACACAUA